CGAAGGGAAGCGCGAGGAGGAAGCGGCUGCGAGCCCUCCGCGCGGCCGCUGACGCACGGCUGCAACGACGCCAGGCCGGGCUGGUGGGCAGCGGCAGCGCGACCCGUCGCCAUGGCGGGCAGCUGCGGGGACGGGCCCGACGAGAUGCUGAGCCAGGAGACCCUGGAGGCACUGUGGGACAUGCGCGGUGCGGGCCUGCUCUGCGACGGCCUGCUCAAGACAUCGGACGGCGGGGAGUUCCCCGUGCAUAGAGUGGUCAUGGCCAGCUGCAGCGAGUAUUUCAGGGCGCUUUUCGGGAGCCCCCUGAACAAGGUUCCGCGCACGGAGGUCUUGGUGCCCGGAGUUUCCAAGGCGACUAUGGCCAUCAUCGUGGAGUUCGCGUACAAGCGUGUCACGUGGGUGGGCUGCGACAACGUCGAGAGCCUGCUGGAGGCGGCCGACUACCUCUGCGUCAUGGGCAUGGUCAAGGACUGCUGCGACUUCCUGCUUUCCAUCAUGGCGCCCGAGAACUGCAUCUCCAUCCACAACGUGGCCAAGCUGUACAACUGUUUCGACCUCACCGCCAAGGCAUAUAACUACCUGAUGCAGCACUUCAUCGAGGUGUCGAAGCGCAGCGAGGAGCUGCUCAGCCUGGAGAUCGACGAAGUGGAGGCAAUCCUCUCCGACGAGAACCUGAACGUCAUCAAGGAGGAGACCGUGUGGAAAGCGGUGGUGCGCUGGAUCGAGUUCGAUCCCGCCAACCGGCAGCAGCACAUUGCCCGGCUGCUGCGAUGCGUGCGCACGGGUCUUGUGGACACGAACUUCUUCGUGGAGAAGAUCAAGUCGCACAAGUUCGUCUCGGACAACGAGUCCUGCAGGCCGUUGGUAAUCGACACGCUGCGGUUUCUGUACGACCUGGACGUGGUGGUGCACAACGACGAAGUGCCAACGCCCAUGUUCGCGCGACCGCGCAUACCGCACGAGGUGAUGUUCGUCAUCGGCGGCUGGAUGGCGGGAGGACCCACUGCAUACAUCGAGAGCUACGACACCAAGGCCGACAGGUGGAUCAAGGUCGAGGCCGUGGAUCCCGAGGGUCCCCGGGCGUACCACAAGUGCGCGGCCAUCGGCAACGACAUCUACGUCAUCGGGGGCUUCAACGGCGAGGACUACUUCAGCAGCGUGCGAUGCUUCAACGCGCACACAAAGAAAUGGCGAUCUGUCACACCGAUGCACGUUAAGAGGUGCUAUGUGAGCGUGGCGGUGCUGAAUGAGAUAAUCUACGCCAUGGGCGGAUACGAUGGUCGUCACAGGCAAAACACAGCAGAGAAGUUCGACCACCGCACAAACCAGUGGACGAUGAUCGCGCCCAUGAACAUGCAACGUAGCGACGCGUGCGCCACCACGCACGACGGCUACGUGUACGUGACGGGAGGCUUCAGCGGCAACGAGUGCCUCAGCUCGGCCGAGCGGUACGACCCGACGACCGACCAGUGGACCACGAUUUCGGGCAUGCGGUUCCGGCGCAGCGGGGUCGGCUGCAUAGGCUUUCGCAACUGCGUCUAUGCAAUCGGCGGCUUCAACGGGACCACCAGGCUGGCCUCGGCCGAGAAGUACAAUCCGGAGACCAACAUGUGGACCAGUCUGCCCAACAUGUACACACCCAGAAGCAACUUCGCCGUGGCCAUAAUCGACAACCUGGUGUUCGCCAUCGGUGGCUUCAAUGGCGAGAGCACGACCAACCUCGCCGAGUGCUAUGACCCGACCACGGACCAGUGGUACGAGGCCACGGACAUGAACGAGUCCCGCUCGGCGCUUGCCGCUUGCGUCAUUUCCGGCCUGCCCAACAUCCGCGAGUACGUCCACCAGCGCCGCGACAACCUGAUGGAGGAGAAGCGACAGAAGAUGCUCGACAUCCUGAAGCACCGAACGCGUCACGUGAAUCGCGACGACAAGAAUGCGGAAGCGCGAGGAGGAAGCGGCUGCGAGCCCUCCACGCGGCCGCUGACGCACGGCUGCAACGACGCCAGGCCGGGCUGGUGGGCAGCGGCAGCGCGACCCGUCACGAUGGCGGGCAGCUGCGGGGACGGGCCCGACGAGAUGCUGAGCCAGGAGACCCUGGAGGCACUGUGGGACAUGCGCGGGGCGGGCCUGCUCUGCGACGGCCUCCUCAAGACCUCGGACGGCGGGGAGUUCCCCGUGCACAGAGUGGUCAUGGCCAGCUGCAGCGAGUAUUUCAGGGCGCUUUUCGGGAGCCCCCUGAACAAGGUUCCGCGCACGGAGGUCUUGGUGCCCGGAGUUUCCAAGGCGACUAUGGCCAUCAUCGUGGAGUUCGCGUACAAGCGUGUCACGUGGGUGGGCUGCGACAACGUCGAGAGCCUGCUGGAGGCGGCCGACUACCUCUGCGUCAUGGGCAUGGUCAAGGACUGCUGCGACUUCCUGCUUUCCAUCAUGGCGCCCGAGAACUGCAUCUCCAUCCACAACGUGGCCAAGCUGUACAACUGUUUCGACCUCACCGCCAAGGCAUAUAACUACCUGAUGCAGCACUUCAUCGAGGUGUCGAAGCGCAGCGAAGAGCUGCUCAGCCUGGAGAUUGACGAAGUGGAGGCCAUCCUCUCCGACGAGAACCUGAACGUCAUCAAGGAGGAGACCGUGUGGAAAGCGGUGGUUCGCUGGAUCGAGUUCGAUCCCGCCAACCGGCAGCAGCACAUUGCCCGGCUGCUGCGAUGUGUGCGCACGGGCCUUGUGGACACGAACUUCUUCGUGGAGAAGAUCAAGUCGCACAAGUUCGUCUCGGACAACGAGUCCUGCAGGCCGUUAGUAAUCGACACGCUGCGGUUUCUGUACGACCUGGACGUGGUGGUGCACAACGACGAAGUGCCAACGCCUAUGUUCGCGCGACCGCGCAUACCGCACGAGGUGAUGUUCGUCAUCGGCGGCUGGAUGGCGGGAGGACCCACCGCCUACAUUGAGAGCUACGACACCAAGGCCGACAGGUGGAUCAAGGUCGAGGCCGUGGAUCCCGAGGGUCCCCGGGCGUACCACAAGUGCGCGGCCAUCGGCAACGACAUCUACGUCAUCGGGGGCUUCAACGGCGAGGACUACUUCAGCAGCGUGCGAUGCUUCAACGCGCACACAAAGAAAUGGCGAUCUGUCACACCGAUGCACGUUAAGAGGUGUUAUGUGAGCGUGGCAGUGCUGAAUGAGACAAUCUACGCCAUGGGCGGAUACGACGGUCGUCACAGGCAAAACACAGCAGAGAAGUUCGACCACCUCACAAACCAGUGGACGAUGAUCGCGCCCAUGAACAUGCAACGUAGCGACGCGUGCGCCACCACGCACGACGGCUACGUGUACGUGACUGGCGGAUUCAGCGGCAACGAGUGCCUCAGCUCGGCCGAGCGGUACGACCCGACGACCGACCAGUGGACCACGAUUUCGGGCAUGCGGUUCCGGCGCAGCGGGGUCGGCUGCAUAGGCUUUCGCAACUGCGUCUAUGCAAUCGGCGGCUUCAACGGGACCACCAGGCUGGCCUCGGCCGAGAAGUACAAUCCGGAGACCAACAUGUGGACCAGUCUGCCCAACAUGUACACACCCAGAAGCAACUUCGCCGUGGCCAUAAUCGACAACCUGGUGUUCGCGAUCGGCGGCUUCAACGGCGAGAGCACGACCAACCUCGCCGAGUGCUACGACCCGACCACAGACCAGUGGUACGAGGCCACGGACAUGAACGAGUCUCGCUCCGCGCUUGCCGCUUGCGUCAUUUCCGGCCUGCCCAACAUUCGCGAGUACGUCCACCAGCGCCGCGACAACCUGAUGGAGGAGAAGCGCCAGAAGAUGCUCGACAUCCUGAAGCACCGAACACGUCACGUGAACCGUGACGACAAGAACGCGUAGAAGAAAAAGAUGAAGAAAAAAAAGAAAUUGAGGGACGGACGGAGGUUGAGAACUGACGCCCGCCGCUCCGCUCGUCGUAGCUACGAGUUUGUUCCGUUGGUGCGAAGACACUUACGCGUUAGUUACGCGUUGCUUUUAGUGACGUAACUUGCGGACGCCAUUUCUCCGGUGGGGCUGAAAACUUGGACGUCGAUUGAAUAUGGCGUUUAUAACUCCCGCCGGUGUACGGUACGCGAAAUUAGUAUUUAUUCCAUUUAUAUUUGUAGAAAUACACGUGUCGGCUUCCGUAGCGAUUUCUUGAUGAUGAAAUUAAAGCGUUUUCACGCUCGA